AUGAUUUCGUGUCCCGAAUUGAGCGAUUUUUUGGAGCCGCCCGAAAAAGAGAGCGUUUUGAGGGCGAUUUCGGCCAGCGACAAGGUAACCUAUACUUUUUGGGAGGAAACUUUGACACCCUGUAUCUUAAAAAGUUUUUGAUAUUUUUCGCAAGUUAAAACACGAUUUUAUAGAGAAAUUGAUGCUCUACAACUUUGUAGUCGAUCACUUUUCACAAAAACGUUGCUGCGCCCACUUUGCUGGCUUUUUUAAAACGACUGUAUCUCGGCUCAGCGAUGUUUCAGUAAAAAGUUGUCAAUUGUAAAGUUGUAGAGCUUCAAAUUCUCUAUCGAUUGAUGUAUUAACUUAUGGGAAAAUAUCGAAAAUCGACCGAGAAAUUUCCAGAUAAUUUCUUCUGGAGUUUGUCAACUUUUGACCGUCGAAAAUGGAGUUUGGAUUCAUUCGCAGCCAGCGCCGGCCGUCGCGCUUUUCUUAAAGGUUCGAGAGUUUUCUAGCAAAUUUAUUGAUAUCGAAACUUUCAGAACAGUUCGGAGCGCUACUACAAAAUAAUUCUGAUCGAACCGUCGAAAGAGACCGAAUGGGAACCGAUUGUCCAAUUUGAGCACGCUUUCAGGUUUGAUAGGGCAGAGAUUCAAAAAAAUUUGAAAAAAAAAUCGAUAAUGGGAUUAUUCGGGAAGCUUUCGCUUAUUAAAAAAAUUAAAAAAAUUAAAAUAAAUAAAAUUUAAAAAAAUUUAAAAAAAUUUAAAAAAACUCAUAAAAAAACAUUUAAAAAAACAUUAAAAAAAACAAUUACAGAAACCGUCGUGCCGUAUUGCCGCGUCCAAAGUCUCGGAAAAACUGGAAAAACCGCUGGUUUUUCUGUCCAAAGUCGACCGAAAUUUGCGUGAAAAACGGGGGGUGAGCACAGCUGAACGAAUGUAACCGUACCCCUAAAACUACGGUAUUUUUUGAAAAUUUGCGCAAUAAUUUUGAAUAUUUUCAAAUAUCCUCAAGAAAUCAACACUCUCUAAAAACCGGGGUUAUUUAAAACGACUACUCGAGCGUGUUUUUUGAAUAUAUUUCCACUUUUGCAGUGAAAAGCACUUUGAAACGGAUCAAAUCCACGCGAAUCUUCUGGUUUUCGAGUCGAAUCACCAUGAGAUUGGCCUAAACUUCUACGAUUCCAAAGAGUGCGCAAAGUUUCACGAUAGUGUGUGCAAACGGAAGAGUAGUAAGAUUGCAAUGUUUUCGGGCGGCGGCCAAUUGAUUGAUUUUCAGCGAAAACCACUGAAAUUCCGUCUGUCGCCAAACUCGAGAAAGAGGAAACGAAGAAGGAGAAAAAGAAGAAGAAGAUGAGCUUUUUUUCGAAUUUUUUCGGAAGCUUACACUCGAAUAAGGAGAAAAAGGCGAUGGACAUUGGAAGCCCCACGGAUUUCCGGUGAAUUAUCGAUUUUUUGUGCGCUAGAGCACUUUUUGCAAUAUAGAACGGUUUUCAGACACGUGGAUAGCGUCAAAAUGACCGAGGAUCAAGAGGAUUUGUACCAGCAAGUGAUGAGCAAACUUAAAGUUAGUUGCGGGCCGUGGCCGACGUUUUUCUAGGCCACACACACGCAAUUUUCAGACGACUAGCGAGGAGGAGAAGGAGAUUGUGAGGCACAUUGUGAUGACGAACGAAAACGAGUUUCGGAAGUCGAUGAUGGUCAAGAAAAAGUCGCAAACGCCGAAAGAUGUGAAGGAGCGGAAGGAGAAGAAGGAGAAAUCGGGGGUAAGUCGGUGCUGAGGUCUCCAAAAUGGUUUUCUUUAAAUCAUGACAUGUAGUACUGUAUUUUUGUAGUUGAUCACUUUUUUCUAGGACCACUUCCUGCGGUACUGUAGCGCUUGGAAACGACUUUAGCUAUUGCCGAUUUCCAAGAGCUACAGUACCCCGGGGGUGGGUUUUAUAGAAAAUGUGUCAACUGCAAAAAUGAAGUUCACAUCUUGUACUCUAUUUUUGUCGUUGGCAACUUUUCUCUAAAACCUCUCCCUGACAUACUGUAAGGCUUUGAAGUUGAGACUACCAAAAUCCGUAGAAGUUUCAAUGCUAACUUCCAAGCGCUACAGUACUUCAGGGAGGGGUCCUACAAAAAAGUGUUCAACUACAAAAAUACAGUACUAGAUGUCAAAAAUGCACAAACAACGUUUAGAGGCUCUAAAACAACUCUGAACUCUGCAAUAUUCUAGGCCAACAUUUCGUUUACAGACCUCAAUCUGGAACCGUCUCUCCAAGGCCAAAAUCGAAGACGUCGCCGCGCCCACGCCUACCGUCUCCACGCCCGUGGAUCCUCUGAAUCCCGACUGGUCAGAAUCUACAGUAAUCCCGUCCACCGUAACCGUCGCCACCUCCUUCAAGCACAGUCACACGUUCGCGGCGGAUCCGUUGAAGGAGAGUGUGUGGACGGCGCCGAGAAAAGACACCUACGGGACCGUGAACCAGCGGGAACCGCAGAAUUUGUAUCGAUUCGAAUCGGAGGCGACGGAGGAACACGCCGAGAGAACAAUAAUAGAGGAACGGCCGCCGGAGCUGCCGAGUCGGAGCACUUCUCGACACGUGCAGGAAGGUACGCACUUUUGACCCACUUUCAAUAAUCGGAUCCGACCAAAACUUUGCAGACUUCUCAGGCUUUAGUUGAAGUAUUUUGGGUCCAAGUUUCAGACCGAUCGGAUCAUCUGGUCCCAAGAUGUAGCGGUUUUAGAAAAGACUGAACUUUUAACUGACUAAAAUUAUCCGGAUCCGUCUGAAACUUGGACCCCCGGACCCAACGUACUUCAACCAAAGCCUGAGAAGUGUGCAAAGUUUGAGUGCGUCAAAAGUUGCCCUGAUUUGCAGUAUCACUGUCUGCACCACGACUUCCCGGUCAUCGUGGAUCGUACCGCUGGGCGACGCAACCGGAGACUUUCUCCGCAAUUUCGAAUUCCCGUCAGGCCGAAGAGUACGCCGAGAUCAAUUUGUCGGCGAAAACGCCGACGCGCAGCGCCCCGCCACCGCCGCCGCCUUCCGCUCCACCGAUAGUUGCCCCGAGCCCGUCGGGACCACCGCCGCCGGCGCCCCCGCCACUUCCGCCGGCUUCCGUACCCCUGGCGCCGCCGCUUCCGCCGAUAAUCACUGGCGGUUCGGUACCUCAGGCUCCGCCGCCGCCAAUUUUGAAUUCGCCGCUCAAGCUGAGUGCUGUUCCCGAAAUUAGCUCGGAUCGAAGGAGUUUGUUGGAGGUGAGCCGCGUUUUUUACGACAUUUUGCAGAAAAACUAUUAAACUUUAAAUUCCUAUAAGAAAAUAUCCAUAAAACUCACGAAAUCUUUGUAAUUUUCAAGCUUUUUCACAAUUUGUCGUAACCUCAACUGUAAAGUCCGUAAACACCGAACUGCGUAUCUUGCGUCGAAUUUGACGACUUGCCGCAAAAAAUUCGUAAGUCUGCCAAUUUUCAGCAAAUUCAAUCGGCGGAUAAAUCGAAAAUGCUGCGAAAAGUGAGCGAGACGCCGGACACACGUCAAUCGGUCACUUCGCCCGUUUCCGGCGGCACCAUGAUCGAUCAGAUCCAGAAUUUUCUGGACGCCCGCCGUUCGGGCAUAAAUCCGAGCGAUUCGGAGGGCUCCGACGACGACGAUGACGACGAUGACGACGACGAUUGGAGUGACUAA